AUGAAGAUCCAUCAAGGGAAGAGCGGUUGUCGGUUGGAGGGAAAGCCGAAGCAUCGUGCAGGUGUUCCUGGUGAAACGAGGGAGAUAGCCAGUCUGGUUGCCAACCACAGUACUGGUGGUCUCUCAGCUCCGGUUUUUGCUGUAACUGAUGACAAUUCUGAAGCUGAGGUGACUCAAUCACUUGAUGAGCUUUUUGGAGAGCAGGGGACCAUACCAAGUAUGACCCCUACAGAGCAGGGAGAUGGAAGUGCAGAAGAAUCACCAUUGCAUCCAAGCCCAGAAGAACUUGCCUUCCCAGAUUCUUGGUGCACACCACCCGCUGCAGGAAGGAAAAAGGACAAGACCGUCCUUAGCAGGGAGAGAACACAACCGACUUCUGAAGAAAGAAGAUCCAAGAUCGCCUGGCCAGCUAUGAACAACAGUGGAUGGUCAUCGUUUGAUGAGGAUUUGGACCAAGUACUUCAGACAGCAUUGACAGGAUCAGUCGAUAGGAAGCUUAAAGCAUUACCUUCGAUCACCUACGCCUUAGGGAAGGAGAGAUUUGGACUGGAGCAGAAAGCAAACCUCUCGAGACCGCCGCAGGUUCCAAACAGAAGACUCUGUGAAAUAAAAAAGCUCCGAGCAGAACUGCGAUCCCUAAGGAAACGCUACAAACAGUCAAGCGAGGUUGAGAAGAAGGGAAUAGUUAAACUAAGAGAAGAGGUUAGAUCAAGGCUGAGGACACUAACAAACGCAGAGAGGCUCAGGCGGAAAAGGAGGGAUAGAGCAAAGAAGAGAAAAGUCUUCGUUAGUGACCCCUACAGGUUCACAAAGAACUUGCUAAGUGGAGAGAAGUCUGGGAAACUUGAAAGCAGUCAAGAGGAUGUAGAAACCUUUAUGAGGGAGGCGCACUCCGACCCACUAAGAGAGAAACCCCUUGGAGAGUGCAGUAGAAUCCUACCGGUCAAUGACCCAGACUGUCCAUUGAACAUGAAAGAACCCACUUGGAAGGAGAUCAACGAAGUGGUCAAGAAAGCUCGCUCUUGCUCUGCACCAGGCCCAAGUGGCAUACCAUACAAGGUUUACAAGAAAUGUCCAAAACUUCUCCGAAGACUGUGGUCACUCCUGCGAACUGUUUGGCGAAAAGGUACUGUUCCGUCAUGUUGGCAAAGUGCAGAAGGAUGUCUGGCACCGAAGGAGAAGAACUCCAAGACCAUCAACCAGUUUCGCACCAUCUCGUUGUUGAGUGUGGAAGGGAAGAUUUUCUUUUCAAUCCUAGCUAAGCGAUUGACGACAUACAUGUUGGAGAAUGAGUAUGUGGAUAUCUCUGUGCAGAAAGGUGGGAUCCCAGGAUUCUCAGGGUGUGUUGAGCACACCAGCGCACUCACUCAGCUACUUCAUGAAGCUAGAAUCGACCACAAAAACCUCACAGUGGUAUGGCUAGACCUUGCCAACGCAUACGGCUCAAUUCCACACAAGCUUAUUGAGACAGCUCUUCGACACUACCACAUUCCAGACAGUGCAAGAAAUCUCAUUAUGAACUACUUCAACGGUAUCAACUUGAGAUUCUCUAGCAACACGUUCACUACAAAUUGGUUACAACUGGAGAAGGGGAUUGUUACGGGAUGUACUAUCUCGGUGAUACUGUUCGUGAUGGGCAUGAAUAUGAUCAUCAAGGCAGCGGAGAGAGAGUCAAGAGGGCCCAAAACAAACACAGGAAUUCGUCUACCAUCCAACAGGGGAUUUAUGGAUGACAUGACUGUCACCACUGAAACCCACAUACAGGCUAGAUGGAUUCUGGCGGCCCUUGAUGAAACAGCAACGUGGGCAAGAAUGAGGUUCAAGCCGGGGAAGUCGAGAAGCUUAGUGGUUAGGAAGGGAAAGGUGACAAGCCAGUUCAAACUGUGUAUCCAGGGAGAAGAGAUUCCCUCCCUAGAGGACAAAUCGAUUAAAUGCCUAGGGAAAUGGUUUGAUUCCUCACUGAGAGACACGCAUUGCCAGGACAUGUUCAAACAGCAGGUAGCUGAGGGUUUGCAGAGAAUAGACAAGUCGGAACUCCCAGGGAAGUUCAAAGCAUGGGUCUUUCAACACGGUCUCCUGCCAAGAGUGAUGUGGCCACUCAUGGUCAAUGAUGUCCCUAUCAGCACCGUCGAGAAGCUAGAGCAGAAGAUCAGCAAGCACCUGAGAAAGUGGUUAGGCCUACCGCCAUCCUUCACCAACAUUGGACUGUAUGGCCGAUCAACAAAGCUCCAGAUGCCAAUCAGCUCUCUAGUAGAGGAGUUUAAAGUAGCAAAAGCACGUCUUAUGCUAACCCUCAGAGACUCUGAAGAUGGGAAAGUCAGCAAUGCAGGAAUUCAGGUUAGGACAGGGAGAAAGUGGUCAGUGAGCAAAGCUGUAGACUCUGCAGAGAGCAGUCUAAAGCACAAGGAUGUUGUGGGAUCUAUCAACGUGGGAAGAGAAGGACUUGGCACCAGACAGACUCAAAGGUGGGAAAAAGCAGGGAAAAGAGAAAGGAGAGACCUGGUGCAGAGAGAAAUCAGAAACGCAGAAGAGCAAGCUAGGUCAGCCAGGUCGGUCCAGCUUGGACCGCAAGGGGAUUGGACGAAGUGGAGUACACCAGAGAGGAAGCUCACGUGGCAAGAACUGUGGACAUAUGAACCACUUCAGCUAAGUUUCCUCCUGCGGGCAGUAUACGACAUGCUUCCAACCCCCGCAAAUCUUCAUCGAUGGAAGCUGACAGAAGACCCCACUUGUUCUUUGUGUGGGAGUAUAGGAACGUUGCGGCACAUUCUGUCAUCGUGUCCAACAGCCCUUGCACAAGGGCGCUACAGGUGGCGCCAUGACCAAGUUCUAAGAAUGUUGGCCGACGCCCUAGAAAGAGAGCGGAAGAGGGAUAGACCCCGGAAGAAAUUAGGACCCCAAUUCAUCAGCUUCGUCAAGGAGGGUACAACAAAGCCCACCGCCACAAUCAGUUCCAGAUCAUGUAUUCUGCAAGAUGCAAACGACUGGGAGAUGCGCGCAGACCUAAGGAAGAAACUAGUUUUUCCCGAGGAAGUAGCCCAUACAACUCUCAGACCCGACAUAGUGUUAUGGUCAAAGGCGGCAAAGCGGGUGAUCCUUGUAGAGCUAACUGUGCCAUGGGAGGAGAGGAUCGAGGAGGCCUAUGAGCUGAAGAAAGCCAAAUACCAGGAUCUGGCAGAUGUAUGCAGAGAAAGAGGCUGGAAGACAUGGAUCUUUCCAGUGGAAGUUGGAUGCAGAGGAUUUCCAUCACAGUCGGUGUGGAAGAUGUUUGGAGCACUGGGCGCAGAAGGAAGAGUCAGGAAGACUACAAUCCACGCCCUGGGCAAGGCAGCUGAACAGGCAUCAAGUUGGCUCUGGUUAAGACGCAGCGAACCAAAUUGGCAGCCAUCGUAG